AGAAAUGAACAAAAAACAAGAGCUAACUGGUUUGUACAGGCAACCUGAAAAUUAUUAGAAUGUUUUGGAUAAUUAUAAUAAUGGAAAAUAAUGUUCAAAUAAUAACUAUUCUAAUGCUUAUGAUUAACCAUAAUUAUUAUAAUAAUCAAACAAAUAUGAACAUUAUCAAUAACCAAAUAAUGAUGAAGAACUAUAUUAAAAAGUAUCUUUUUUAUAUAUUAAAUCAAGUAUAAACAAGGAAAUAGUGGCAAUAAAUAAUAGAAUGUAGGUAAAGCACCAUUAGCUUAAUACAAUCCUAUUACUGGAAUUGCUUAUGAGAAUGCAUAUACUCAUCAAAGAACUUAUGAACCAUAACAACAAUAAUAAUAAUAGGAUGAUGCUCUUAGUUCAUUUAGUUAAUGUAUUAAAAUGGUUAUCAUUAUGUAGUGUAAUAACACAAAGUAACCUCGAUGAAAAAUAAAAACUCGAACAUCUUCAAUACAGAUCUUUAAGAGACUGAAAAUAUCAAUAAUAAUAGAUAAAAUAGUAGAGUUUCAAAUAAAAGAAAAGAAUUAGAUGAUGCUCAAUAUAAAGGAUAUGGUACAUGUUUGAAAAUUAUUACGGUUUAGGUUAGUUCUACAAGAACCCAAUAGAGCCGAUCUAAAGCCAAUAUAGAGAGUAGAAGUUCGUAAAUAGAAAUAUGAUUGAUAAUCAGAUAUUUCCAAAAUGA